CGAUGCCCUUAGCCACCGAUAGGACGUCUCAGCAUCAGCAUCAUCGAUUUUCAAUGACAAAACACGCGCAGAUAUAUUUUACUGUACGAAUCUUCAGGUGAAGACCUCAUUGGCAGCAGAUAAAGAUGAGUCGCUGCUCCUUGGACAACAACAACUUUCCCUUCGACAACAAUGUUCUAGUUCUGGACAUGGUGCUGGGCUCCCUCUGGGGACUGUCCCAGCCAAUAGACUGGGAUAGUGUGGCCAAAAUUGUGCCAAGCUUCACUCCCAAGGAGUGCGCACUUCGCUUUGAGGAGUUAAAAAGUUGUGGAGGUCUUCCUCAAUUGGACGACCAUUGUAAUGCAGUCAUAACAGGAGUGCCCUCGGAUGUGGUGUCAACUGUACUGAACACUGGUCAGGCAGUGGAGACGGGAAGUCAUCAUCGUGCCAGUAACGGUACAGGUCGCAAAUCAACACUCUCAGGAAGUAUUUGUUCUUCUGAAAGGAAAGAUAAAAAGGCUUUGAGCGAGGAUGCCGAAAAACCUCCCAAACAAAGAGAUCCCAACAUGGUUAUCCACGUGUGUGACGAGACCAAGAACCUGAAGCAGGAUUUCACGUGUCCCAGAGAUCUUCUAGUCAAAGAGAUGCGCUACUUUGCCGAGUAUUUGUCCGUGGACUCGCAGAGAUGGGAAGAAGUGGACAUCUCGGUUCACUGCGACGUUCAGAUCUUCGACUGGCUCAUGAACUACGUCAGGAGGAACUCCUCCAAGGACAAACCUCGGCUCGAGCCCAGCAAUGUGAUCUCAAUCCUGAUCUCCUCCGAGUUCUUGAAGAUGGACACGUUAGUAGAGGAGUGUAUCCAGUACUGUCACAAACACAUGAGCGCCAUCGUUGCCACGCCCUGCAGCAUGAACUGCAUCAACAGUAAUUUGGUAUCACGGAUCGCCGAACUCUUCAACCACAACGAGGCAGACGACGUUAGGGACAAGAAAGAUAAGUUCAAAAGCAAAUUGUUCCAAAAGAAGAUCGAACUACUCUUUGACCCGAACUACAAGAAUCGAGAUUCGCCAAGAAAUGCCUCAACCCUCUACAGGUGUGGUCUCUGCUUGAAGAUGCUGACUGAUGACACACAGAGGAAGAUUUCUUGUGUUCCAGGCACGAUCAACAUUGACUCUAAUGGAGAGAUUGUCUACACACAUUCAAGACAAAAGAACUGGGAUGCCAACGAAUACAUUAGCAGCCUGUACGAGGAGCUCAAGUCAUGGGUUCUGGUCUACUGGAGAAUCUGGGGAACUGUCAACUGUCUGACCUGCUCCCGUUGUCAGCAGGAGUUCAUAUGUGCUGAAUUGACCCGUUGCCGGUACCACCCGGAAAGUGUGACGUACCCCGGCACCGGCUCAGGGAUGGACAAAAGCUGGAACGGUACGGGAAUUUACCCCUGUUGUAACCAGACGGUACUGCGCUUUGAUCCAACCGGGAUGCCAAAGGGUUGUCGAAUGCGAGACCACAUCGUAAACGUGCCAAAUGAGGACGAGUGUGACGAAGUCAUGUCGGCUCAGACCAGAGUUCUCAAUGACCUGCUGCUGCACAGAGACGCUGUGUGUGUGUCUGACUCCAUACUUGCCGAUAGAAGUGAAGAGUGCCCAACCAACAUGGAGAAGGACUGUGAAAUCCUCUUGGAGCCAGCACUCCUCAGAAACCAAAGAGGAGAAUUAAGCACUUUUUCUCUUUUAAAAAACUGGAGUCUGCAACUGAGGCAGCAGUCUCUCCUGUCAGAGGAUGACGAGUACACCACUGGGUCUGAGGUCACCGAGGAUGAGGUGGGAGAUGAAGAGGAGUUGUCCAAAAAGCAAGCUGCAAAGAAGGCCAAGAAGAACAACAGAGUUCUCAAAAAGCAAAUGUCCUCACCAAACCUCCAGCGAAAAGUCAAACAAACAGACAAAUCUCAAAGCAGAGACAACACUCCUUUCACAGUGAGCAUCCAGAAAAGUAAGUGGGACAAUUCCCGUUCCAUGCGGUACAACCAAGAUGCUCAGAGAGAGGAGGACCAGCGUCGCAUGGCCGAGAUCACCGACUACCUCACCAAGAUGCGCUUUGGAGACCACGAGCAAAACAGAUUCAAGGACACUAAGGAGCCGGCAGGGGGAAUUUACUCCAGGCUGGAGGCACAUUUCAAGAGCGCCACCCAAAGCAGACACGCCUUUGACAAGACACCCAGACCAAAAUUACGCUACGCUCAAAUCCGGACAAACACCGAGAAGUGAUGGUUGACAUGUCUGCUUGCUAUGCGGCCAUUCAUCGACCCCCCCUCCCCCCUACGCACCCGCUUUUCACACCGAGAGGGCCGUCAAACGCCAUCGAGCCGUCUCUUCUGCUAAACUCAGGUGACCAUGAAGGGAUCAACACGCGCCACAGUUUGUUUGUGCAGCUGCACUCAGUCCUUGAAAAACAAGGAGCACGUAGGAAGCGCCACUCUUGACUUGCUCGCACAUCUCAAGUGUUUCUUGGAGGAUUUAUUUUUGGACCGCAAACAAGGAGGGGCUUGCAAAAGGACAACAUGGGAGUAUUAUAGUAGCUCCAUUUCUGUCUUCUAAAGAACAUGAAACAAGAAUCUGAAUUGAUGUGACCUCCCAUCAACAAUCUCAUCACCUAACUUGGCAUGUCCACUAUUCUUUACUGCUUUUAAGAGAAAUAAAAAUAGCAACAGAACACCACUUAAUAGAUUUGUCUUUUUAUUUAUUUUAACAU